AGCAUCAUCUGUGAUAUCCUUGGGAGUUGAUUCAAACGCAUUCAUGUAUUUCAAAGCGGUCUGUUGUUCCGGUAAUGCACCUCUGUCUGAACGGCUUUUCUCAUUGGUUCGCAGCGAUCGUGUGGUUGCGGGGGUUGUAGCCAAUGGCGUUGCUUCUUUCAUCGUAAUUCGUAAUUCCCUGCUGUUAGUUUGUUUCCCGCGCGUCGUGUCACGUUUGAAUCUGCUGAAACUACUCACUUGCGAAUUAUUAUUGCUCURUUUUGAGUUUUUAUCUAGAUAACCGUCGUAUAGACCUCUUAGUAUCGUAUAUUUUCAAAAUAGCUUUGAAUUUAGAUUUAGUUGGAUUGCACACUCGUUUAACGGCUGAAAGGCCGCCGCACACGGUGAGCAAUUUGCCUCGCGAGCAAUUUUCUCACUGGCACGCGAGGCAGAAAACUCACCGUUUGCGGGUAGAUUUCGAAUGUUUUAACUUCUCGCGAGGCGCUGAGUCAAUUUUCUCUCUUACUUGAAAAUUUUGAACUCGCAUGACGAAAAUUGCAACGUUUGCGGAGGACGUGAACGUUUUGCUCGCCUGAUUUUUCACCACAGCCAAUCAUAAGCGCCCGUUUUGUCACGUGAUGACCUCAAAAUCAAAACAAACAUGGCGGCGCCAGUGGUAGAACUGCAACAAGAAGAGAAAUUGGUUGAACUCUGGCCGGAUUAUCCUUGUUUGUACGAUGUUCGGUCUACUGAUUUUAAAAAUCGUACUCUCAGAGAGGCCAGCAUAAGUGAGCUGGAAAGGAAAGUGAACCAGUCAGCUGAAUGGAUCAAGAGGAAGCUUAGGUCAUUGAGAAACACCUACRCUAGAUUACGAGCAAUAAGCAAAAGUGGGAGUGCAAGAAAGCCUGCCUCACCACRGAACCAGUGGUUGAAGUACAAACUGCAAUUUCUGGAGCCUUUUGUAGCAACAAGGGGCAACAGUAUUGAUUCUCUAUCUACCCCAAGUACAUCGUCAGCAGAUGCAUCGUUUAAUGAUUCCGAAGGUGAAGAGGAAGAGGAAGAAUUUGCUGAUUCUGGAAACUGCAAUUAUACAGGCAGUUCAAGUGAGCCUCUUAAAAAAAGAUUGAAGGUCAAUAAAACGCCCAAGAAAAAAAAUGAUGAAGAAGAACUAAAGCUAAUAAAGCAAAUAGCAGAAUCAGCCAUCCAGCAGCCAAAAACUCC